GUUUAUGAUCUUAUUUUCCCAAAGUGAUUAUUUUUAGAUUUGCCUGCCUUUCUUAGGAUAUUUAGUUUGUAGUUAGUUUUAAGUUUAUAUAUAAGGAUGAGAUUUUGAAGAAAUAAAGGAGUAUCAAAAAAGUACUCCGGGAUUAAACUCGUUUUAUUCAUUUGGUCCUUCGAACCUUCGGUACGGUUAAGUGUGUUUAAAGUAAAAGUUGGUGAUUCUUGCAAAGUAGUAAAGAAUAAACAAAGAUUUAAUACACGUAUCGAAUCAGUAUCAUUGAAGAUAACAAGUUGACUAAGCGGAAGGCGCUUUCCACACUGGCCAAGAUAUAUGAUCCUUUGGGUUGGCUGGCUCCUGUAACCAUUCUAGCCAAGCUAUUCAUUCAGCGACUAUGGGUAAUGGAUAUGGCAUGGGACGACCAGUUAAGCUCUGAGAUGAUAAAGGAAUGGGAUGUCAUCAUGAGGAAAUUGCCCGACUUAGCAGAAAUCCGAAUACCGCGUUGGUUGUCUACCUCAUCACUAAUGGAAAUAGAACUGCAUGGUUUUGCUGAUGCUUCGGAAAAGGCGUACGCAGCUGUCAUAUACAUCCGGGCCGCAAACAAAGUUACGUUGGUAGCAGCAAAAUCUAAGGUAAACCCAGUAAAAAAUAGGAAAACACUGCCAAAACUUGAAUUGUGUGCAGCGCAUCUGUUGGCUAAAUUGAUGCUUAAUGUGGAAAAGUUAAUAGUCCAAAAACAACAGAAAUAUUUAUGGAGCGAUUCAACUAUUGCUCUAGCAUGGAUCGCAAAGGCUGAAAAUAUUAAAGACAAAUUUGUUCGGGUUAGAGUAGAGGAAAUUAAGAGGUCUGUUCCUGGUGCCGUAUGGGGUCAUGUGCGAUCCAAGGAGAAUCCAGCGGAUGCAGCAUCAAGAGGGAUGAAGCCAGAGCUGCUAAAAGGAGAUGAGUUAUGGUGGAGUGGUCCACAUUGGCUGCUGGAGAAAAACAAUUGGCCCAUAUCGACGGUUCAACCCUUUGUUGGAGUUCUAAAGGAAAAUAAACAGGAAGACGAUGUCAUCAUGCAGUUAAUUACGAGGAUUUCUAGCUACAAAAAACUCAUAAGAAUUAUAGCAUAUGUGCGAAGAUUUAUUGAACGUGCUCAGCGUAAACCAGGAAAAAAUGAAUUAACUGCGGAAGAAAUAAACGAGGCAGAGCAAUUAAUAAUUACGAGCGUGCAGGCAAACCAAUUUUCGUUAGAGAUUUCGUGUCUAAGGAAUGGCAGCGAAGUACCGACGAGGAGCAAGAUAUGUGGACUAACACCGUUCAUUGAUGCAGCUGGAGUGUUGAGAGUUGGAGGCAGGCUGGAGAAUUCUGGUUUAAGCUUCAACAGAAAGCAUCCAAUUCUAUUGGGGAAAGGUUGUCUGGUGGAUCGAAUAAUUGAUGGCAUCCAUACAGAAACGCUACAUGGAGGUGCGAAACUCAUGGAAAAUGAACUACGCAGCAGAUAUUGGGUGAUUGGUGCCAAAAAUGCCAUCAAGAGAGCAGUUCGGUCAUGCGUCAAAUGUUUGCGUUAUAGGCGAGAAACUGCGGCUCAAUUAAUGGGUAACCUACCAGAAAGCAGAGUUUGUGUGUCUCAUCCAUUUGAUCACACAGGAAUUGAUUAUGCAGGUCCUAUUCAAAUGAAGGUGUCUAAAGGAAGAGGACAGCGAGCUUACAAAGGAUACAUAGCUGUAUUUGUUUGUAUGGCAACCAAAGCAUUACAUUUGGAGGCAGUCAGCGAUCUAACAACAGAAGCGUUUUUGGCUGCGCUACGGCGAUUCUUCAGUAGAAGAGGAAAAAGUAGCCAUAUAUAUUCGGACAAUGGCACUAAUUUCGUGGGAGCGGCAAGACAUCUGGAUAAAGAGUUCGUCAAAGCGGUGCAGCAAAAUUCAGACGUGGCUCAUAUAUUAGCAUCUGAGCGAAUACAGUGGCACUUUAUUCCGCCCGGAGCUCCUCACUUCGGAGGAUUGUGGGAGGCUGCCGUGAAGUCUGUGAAGCACCAUUUGAGACGGGUUGUUGGUGAAACGAAAUUAACGUAUGAGGAAAUGGCAACGUUUUUGUCGCAGAUAGAAGCUGUUCUCAACUCUCGUCCCUUGUGUCCACUCAGUGAGGAUAACUGCGAGAUUUUAACGCCAGGACAUUUUGUAGUCGGAAGACCAUUGCUAAGUAUUCCAGAAAGAGGCGUGGAGAAUAAACUGGGAUCUUUAGACAGGUGGAAAAUAAUUCAAAGAAUGCGGGAUGAUUUCUGGAAACAGUGGCGCAAUGACUAUCUGAGUAGUCUUCAGCAGAGAGUAAAAUGGAAAACUCCAGUACCAAAUAUCAAGGUUGGACAGAUGGUGAUAGUGAAGGAUGAAAAUACUGCUCCUGGAAGGUGGCCUUUGGGAAGUAUUGCGGAAGUACAUAAAGGCAAAGAUGGAAAGGUUCGAGUCGCUACAGUAAAGGUCGCUAAACAAAAGGGGUUGUUAAAACGGCCCAUACACAAGUUAUGCCCGCUGGAGAUAUUCGCUAAUGGUGGUGAAAAGGAAGCCGACAUUGAAGUGUCGCAGACAUAUAUUUGCAAAUUACCUCAAAGAAGAAAAAUAAACGUAGCAAUGAUGUUAUGGAUGAUCAUGGCAAUGAUGGCAAGUGUUCAAUCGAUGUCAACCUCAAUUACCGGCGGUGCGAUAAAAGAAUUGGGAAAUGACACAAUCAUUUAUAUGGAUAAAAUUGGCAGAAUCAACCGAGUAACAUCGUCAUGGAACCUUAUGACAUAUUUCGAUCUGCACGGGUAUUUUGUCACGGUGAAUCAUCUGGAUAAGGGUCUAGAAGCGUGUAAAUCAUUAUGUGUUCGGCUGAGAUCGUUCGAGCAGCAGUGCGACACGCAGAUGGAUAUUAUGACGAACAGACUGAACACUAUAGAUGAGAACCACUUGUUACUCUCACACAAAAAACGCCAACGAAAUAAAAGGGCUCCUUUAGAGUUUGUUGGGUCUCUUUUCCACAUUCUUUUCGGAGUAAUGGAUGCGGACGACAGAGAGAGUAUGGAAGCAAAUAUGAAAAAUGUACUUGAAAAUCAGCACAACUUGAAAUAUUUGGCUGAGAAGCAAACGUCUGUGGUGGAAGCAACGCUUAAUGUGCUGAAAAAGACCACGGAUGAAAUAAAUGGACAGUUUAAAGAGCUGAAUGAGAAGGUGCAAAACAUAAGUCAGAUGCUGAACACUGACUAUUCCCUCUUCAAAAAGGCGAUGGACUUCUUCGCGGUAGCCGAUCAACUUAGCAGCUUGUUUACUGAAGUGGAACAUAUUCAAGCCAGGGUAAUUGGCUUAUUAAUUGACAUCAACCAUGGAAAAGUAAAUCCAAAUUUAGUACGGCCAAACCAGUUGCAGGCAGAGGUGAUGAAAAUAAAGGAUCAGCUACCUAAAGGACUAAGGUUGCCUGGUGAGAAGGACGAUGUUUUGCAGGCAAUAUACAAGGUGAUGACGGCGCAUGGUCUGCUGGUGGAAGAAAAAUUAGUGAUUGACGUGCAGAUUCCCUUGGUAGAAAAAUCAUCAGCAGAAAUAUUCCGCGUCGUACCACUGCCGAUGGUGAGAAACGGAACCGCAAUGGUAGCAGCUUUAAGACAGCAGUUCCUGGCCUACAACUAUGAAAUGGAUGCUUAUCAUCUACUGUCGCAGUCAUCGAUGAACCAAUGUCAGCUAACUGGUGAAGAUGAAUUUCUUUGCAGAGGCAACUGGGCCUGGGAAGACGCCAACGAUCAUUCAUGUGAGCUAGCAGCGCUUAAGCCAACAAGUAAAUAUGGCUGCCAGUUUUUGAAGACUCAGAACAGGAAUUUUUGGAUUGAGCUGAAGACAAGAGGGUCAUGGUUGUUUAAAACUAAAGAUCAAGUUUCGGCCCAUAUUCUAUGUGCUGAGCGCACUAAAGGAGUAUUUGAAUUACCAGGCCUAGGUAUCAUCACUCUCCAGCCUGGGUGUACUGCUAGGAUUGGACGAACCGUAUUAACUGCGUCACAAGAAGCAAAAACUGAGAUGUCCUAUAAUUCCACAUCAUAUAUCUUGAGAGAGGUGAAGGACAUAGCGAUGGUGGACGAGCUAAACUACAAUAAAAUCGAUCAUUCGUCAACGAUUCAAGGAUUGGAGGAAGAAAUUAAAAUGAUGAAGGCGAAUCCGAUCCACCUUAAGGAGCUAUCAUGGCAUCACAUCAGUGGUCAUAUUUCACUAAUCUCUACCUCUAUUUUAAUAAUAUUAUUUUUAAGUUAUGUAAUCUAUAAGUAUUUAACAAGAGAAAGUAACAUAGUUGUUGUUCGUCCUCGGGAUGUUUAGAUUUUAACAUAUAUAUUUGAAUUACAGUCCAUUUUGCUGAA